AAACACAUGCCAUUUGUCUCUCAGUCAAAAGGGGACACACAAUGACGGAGACAAGUGAUAUCCAGCUGAACAGUGUUUACUCUAAUGGACACGGGGUGGACAAUAAAGCAUUUGAAUCAGAGGAGGACAGCAGUGAUGGUCACAGCAAGGCUUCGACGGAUGAAAAUGAUGAUAAGGGAUCGACCACGAAAUUAAAGUCAUUCUGCAGUAAGGUGUUUGAACCCAUUAAUGCAGUUGAAAGAUACUGCAAGGAUCAUUCCAGAAUCAUCAAAUACAUUGUGUUGGCCUUACUUGGAGCAGGUUAUGUUGCAUAUUUCAUUACAGCAUGUGUCAUGAACUUUAAUAGGGCAAUUGGCCUUGUAGUUCUCACCAGUUUGGCAGUGGUCUCUAAAGCGUACGACCUUGUAAAAAAGUACAAGGGAGAGGACAUUAAGCGAUGCUUCAAGCCCGCACACAGGUGUUUCAAGAGCAACCUGAGGUGGAUCAAAUGGGUAUUCAUACUGGUUGUUCUUGGACUGAUCGUGGCUUGGCUAGUAGUGGACACCAGCAAGCGACCACAACAGCUCAUAUCAUUUGCGGGCAUCUGUAUGUUCAUCCUGAUCUUGUUCCUCUUCUCAGCCCACCGAACGGCGGUGUCAUGGCGACCUGUCUUUUGGGGCCUUGGUUUGCAGUUUGCAAUGGGCUUGUUUGUGAUAAGGACAGAACCAGGACUCAUUGCAUUCAAAUGGCUUGGAGAUCAAGUCCAGAUCUUUUUGAACUACACGAAAGCUGGGUCUGAAUUUGUGUUUGGAACAGAGCUCACUCAACUCUUUGCCUUUCAGACAUUGCCCAUUGUGAUAUUCUUCAGCAGUAUCAUGUCUGUCCUCUACUACCUUGGAAUAAUGCAGUGGCUAAUUAUGAAGAUUUCCUGGGUCAUGCAAGUUACAAUGGGCACAACGGCAACAGAGACGUUGAGUGUUGCAGGCAACAUCUUUAUCGGCCAGACGGAAGCUCCCUUGCUAAUCCGUCCAUACUUGAAUGACAUGACCCAAUCGGAGAUCCACGCAGUCAUGACAGGAGGCUUUGCCACCAUUGCUGGAAGUGUCAUGGGAGCAUUCAUCAAUUUUGGGAUCGAUGCUGCCCACCUGAUAUCAGCUUCUGUUAUGGCUGCCCCCUGCGCCCUGGCCAUUUCCAAGCUUUCCUACCCUGAGACGGAAGAGAGCAAAUUUAAGAACAGUAAAAAUGUGAAAGUGGAUGGAGGGGGGGAGCAAAAUAUUUUGGAGGCCGCUAGCGGAGGAGCCUCAACUUCCAUUGGACUCGUGGCUAACAUAGCCGCUAACCUGAUAGCAUUUCUUGCAAUCCUCGCAUUUGUAAACGCAGCUUUGGCUUGGUUUGGGGGCUUGGUGAAUUAUCCAGAACUCACAUUUCAGUUAAUCUGUUCCUACGUCUUCAUGCCUGUGGCCUUCAUGAUGGGUAUACCUAUAGAAGAUGCCUACGUGGUGGCCGAGCUCAUUGGUACCAAGCUCUUCCUCAACGAAUUCAUUGCUUAUGAGAAACUAUCUGAGUUGAAGAACAACAGGCUCAAUGGCUUGACUGCUGAAACCAUCUCUAUCAGGUCAGAAACUAUUUGCACCUAUGCACUGUGUGGCUUUGCCAACUUCAGUUCACUUGGGAUUGUCAUCGGGGGCUUGUCGUCCAUCUGUCCUGCACGAAAGAAUGACAUUUCCAGGCUUGUGAUGAGAGCUCUCCUAACUGGUACCUGUGUGUCUCUCAUCAAUGCAUGUAUUGCAGGACUCCUCUUUGUACCUCCUCUGAACUGUGUGGAGUAUUUUGAGACCUCUGUUUUUGAGAUCACUGACCCCAACAUCAAAGGUUGCUGUUCUGACCUUUUCAAUAGUGCGGUGAUCAACGGGACCAUAUCAUUUGAGGGUAUCUGGAGUCAGGUGACAAACGCCACCAUCUACUUUAACAAAUGCUGUAGUCUCUACAAUGGGACCAUGUGCUAGUAAACUUUUCAAAGGUGUUUUUCUUUGACUCAGGACGAGGAAGGGUCAUAGUGUGUAUUUUUAUACGUGUUGCAGGAAUGUAUUGGAUAUGGAGUGGCAUGUGACAUCAAGAUACCGUGCACAUGUUCAGUCCUCUGAUACUGUGCAUGUUACUGUUUUCAUGCUAAAUGCCAAUUUAUUUAUUCAAACUGUAAGAGACAAUUCACUUUUGAAUAUAUAUAUAUAUAUAUAUAUAUCAAUUGUAAAUUAGUGAACAGAAUUGCACAAUUAGCUGAGAAACUAUUAGUCAAGAUCUUUUGUUAAAUGUUAAAUAUGCGUUUGUAUAUAUUACUUUU